AUGUCAGAUCGAGUCGAGCAGUUCCAGGAAUCCGUCAAUCGUAAAGUACUCAUUGAGUGGGUACGAGUGUUAGGUUUACGUAAUCCACACAAGAGAACUUACGACAAGGUAUUAGCUGACUUUUCGGAAAAUAUACUCAAAUAUCCCAAGGACCGCCCACUAGCCUUUUCCUGGCCGACAGGCGCAGGAGUGCAUAAGGGCAUUCCAGCAAUUCGCGUAAUCUUCCUUCUUGGAGUAAUCUUUGUCCAUGAAGUAUGCGGAGGUCCAACAACAGAGCAGCUUUUUCGUCGGAAGUGGUACGAUCCUGACAGCAAUCUUACGGAUCCCACACUGAGGUUCAAACCUGGAUCUGAAUCUGGACGCAAACAUCAUGGAUUAAGAAAACGUUCACUUUGGAGUAAAUUGUGGGAACUUUUGAGUUCACUUGUUGGUGAACCUCUUACCGAUCAAGAACGUUCCGAAAAACGUAAGGAGUUGGAAAGAAGGCUGCACAACAUCAGCGAGUACGGUGAAGGAUAUGUUGAUUUUGGUGAUGGCUUUUAUGCGGGCCAUCACCCCCACGAUAACUUUUAUUACGAAUAUGAGCUGAGAUAA